UCUGCCUCAAUGUCACAGAUGUUGUGGUAGUACUCUAAUGGAUUGUCAGCUGCUUGGAGAAGUACAUCAAAAAACAAUUCUGCACUGGAAUUACAGAGACUUUGACAAAUUUCCUGAUGAACUACACUAUGCAGAAUGUAUAACAGAUCUGUAUUUAAAAGAGAAUCAUAUCACUACAUUGCCCACUUGGAUAGGUUCACUGAAGCAGCUAACUGGUUUAUACCUGUUUCAAAAUAAGCUGAACUUUCUACCACAUGAAAUAGGUGAUUUGUGCAAUUUGACUGUUCUUGAUGUUGCGCACAACUUCCUGUCUGUGUUGCCAGAAAGUCUUUGCAAAUUAAGUAACCUCCAAGAAUUGUCUCUCUCCAGGAAUAGACUUGUAUAUUUGCCUAAAGAUUUAGGUCAACUCACCUCUCUUCGCUGCCUUCUUGUUGAUGGAAACCACUUAUCACAUUUGCCUAAUAGUAUCGGGCAACUGUCACAACUACAGUGCUUAAAUGUGUCCAGUAAUUUUCUGAAGUGGCUUCCAAUGGUAACACUUCCUGCUGGAUGUGAACUGGAUGUCAGCAAUAAUACAACUCUCACAUUUUUGCCUGCAGAGAUGCUGACUCUUCUCCCAAGGAUAAAACUGGAUGGGUGCUGCCAGGAAUGGCGCUACGUGCUGAAAGAACCAAGACUCCUAAUACUGCAGCAAAACAGCAGCUUUGCAAGUAUGAGCUUGCCACUGCCCGCUCCUAUGCUGGGCUGCUGUCGAUGCCAGUGUUCCCAUCCACAGGCUCCGCCACUCCAGGAACUUUGCCUUAGGAAACUACACAGCGUGUUCACAGAUGUGGAGGGUUCCAGACUCACAGAGCCUGCAGCCUUAUGUGCCUGCUGUGGUGUCCCUGUCUAUCUAGUUGGAGCAGCACGAAUCUGGCUGUGCAGUGACAUUGAGCCUUUGCUGGUGAUGGAGCUCCACUGCAGUGUAUACUGUGCACGCUCAUGCAGCACAGUAUUAACCCCAGAACUCAAUUUUCAAUGCUGUACUUACACAGGAUAUCCUAAAAAUUGUGAUUGCUUUUCAAGAAACAUCAUACAACACUUUUAAAAUGAAUGCACUGGUGAUACAUUUGGUGUUGUGCACAGGAAUUUCACAGAUAAUUUACUAUGAGAAAUAAAGUCAUGAUAACAUUCUAAUAUUUCUCAAGAAUACGGAGUUGUCAUACAGAGAGAAAUACUAUGUUUAUAUUAUUUGGAUAUGGAGUUCAGGAGUAGUGACUGUUUAAACACCCCUAUGCAUAUUGUAAUUAGUUAACUCUCCUCAUAGCACCUACAGGAGUGGUAAGUAAGAGAUUGUGAUAUAUUCUGAGAUUUGUCACUUAAUAAUGGAUCUUGACACUUUGCAAGCAUGCUUUCAUACAAUAAUUCAGGUUUUUCAGCAUCUCCAUAACUUUCUCCUGUGGGUUAAACACAUUAGUCACACUUUGUGCCUUAUUUGAAUACAUCCAAUACUUCCUUUAGUCUUAUUUCAUAUAGCUCCUACACAUUUGUGUAAUAUUCUAGGACAGGUCAAACGAACAUUUUGUAAGCAAUCUCAUUUGUAGGCUGAUUGCAUUUUCCCAGUAUUCUACCAAUGGCAUGAAGUCUGCCACUUGCUUCAACUAUUAAUGAGACUAUGAGAUAACUCUAUUUUAUAUCCUUUUAAAUGUUUCCACCCACGUAUUUGCAUGAAUUCACAGAUUCCAACUGUGACUCUUUUUCAUUUUGCUAAGUAUACAGUUUUACAUAUCUGGGCACUUAAAGCAAGUUGCUCAUCUUUGUGCCAUAUUGAAGUCUUUUCAAAAUCUGACUUAAUAUUUGUCUCAAUUUUUUCAGGUAGUACUCCAUUAUAGAUAAAUUC